AUGAAAUCCAUUAGAGCUAUCCGAACUCUAAUGCCCAGGUUGCAGGCGGCGCUGGAUUCAGGCGUUGGGAGAACUUAUUACACAUCUCCUGCCGCGAAUUUCCAGUCGGCGAACUCCAAUGGAGCGGCUGGUGUUAUGGUUGAAUUUGGUGGGCUCGUGAAUGGAGCCAUCGCUCGUUCUGGGUCGGCCUCUGGAGCUUCUAUGGUCAAUACGGCGAAGAUUACAGUUCCCGGCUAUGCCAGGUCAUUUGCAUCGUCGAGUUCAGAGUUGAGGCGAAAAGGAUCUUCCGAGGCUCGAAAAGAUGUUUCGAAAAUUGAGGAUCCAUUUGAUGCUCCAACGUACAACAUACCUGAGAGGCCCGUGACAUUCACCGAGGGAGCUUCUUACAGUGUCGUCAUCUUAGCUGGUCUCGGGAUUGCAGCUGCUGCAGGAUAUGCUGUUCUCAGUGAACUUAUCUUCGAACCCAAAGAGUACAAAAUAUUUGGGAAGGCUCUUGAAAGAAUUCAAAACGACAGUCAGGUGAGAGUAAGAAUCGGAUCUCCUGUUACUGGCUAUGGCCAAGAAAGCAUGAAUCGCGCUGCUCGCCAACGAAUCCCGAAUCGCACGUGGACAGAUGAAGAUGGCAAUGAGCAUGUUGAGGUUAACUUCUAUGUUCGUGGUCCGCACGGAGCUGGAAAAGUCGGGGCCGAGAUGUUCAAGGACAAGGCUGACAAGAAAUGGAAGUUCACUUAUUUGAUUGUUGAUAUCACAGCACCUUCUCAUGUAAAACUGCUGCUUGAGUCCUAUGUCCCAGCCUGA